AUUCAAUCAUGCCGGACGCACAAAUCUACAUUCAGGACUUUGCCACUCAUCACGAGAAAGCCAGUCGACCAAGAAGCACCGUGCACAAGGCACCUAAAAUCGGAAAUCCAACCCCUCUUGGUCUUUCCUCCUUUGCACUAUCAGUUUUCAUUUUAGCCUUCUACAAUAUCGGUGCUUUCGGAAUCCAAAUUCCAAAUGUCAUUGUCGGUGUUUCGAUGUUCACCGGUGGUGUCGUUCAAUUCGCCGCUGGUAUGUGGGAAUUCAAGGUUGGCAAUACAUUUGGUGGAACAGGUUUCGGCGCCUUCGGUGGUUUCUGGGCUUCCUUCGGGGCUAUUUAUAUCCCAUUAUUCGUGAGUUUAUUGGCUUUCAACAUGUUCGGAUUUGCAAUUGCUGGUAUUCAAGAUGCCUUUGGAGUCAAGACCGAUCUUGCGGGCAAUUUCGUAGCCAUAAAUUCCACUGUAGGUGAUGCAGUCGAACAGUUCCACCACUCCCUUGCUAUAUAUUGUCUUGGUUGGCUGAUAUUUACCUUCAUCUUUACACUUGCUUGUAUUCGCACGAAUAUGGCUGUCUUGGGUGCUUUCGUCUUCUUGACCGCCAGCUUCCUCUUUGAGGUCAUCUAUCAUUUCAACCCAUCUACGACAAUAUUCAUUAAAAUAGCCGGUGUUUUAGGAAUCCUUUGCUCUUCGUGUGUCUACUAUUGUUUGGCAGGUGUACUCCUAACACCUGAUCUUUCGCCCAUCAGUCUACCUUUAUGGGAUUUGAGCAAGAAGGAUAAUUAA